ACUACAUACAUCGUUAUUGCUGCAAUAUUUUUCCGUCGAGAUUUCGUUUUUGUUCAUUACUUGCUCUAGCUGUCUGAAAACACCGACAACCGAGUCAGCACAGACUGCAGGUGUGCGUACGGUGCAGAUGCCUCCCCAAUUUUCAUGUGCUAAAAUGGAUGUUUAAUUGCAGUCAUCUUUAUACAACAAGCAGCCAAAUGGAAGCAGUAUCUAAAUAGUAACAAAACCUAACAAAGAUCCUUCUCGACAAUAAGCAUGAGUUGGUGUAUCCGGUUCUGCUUGUUGAUCAUCAGCAUUUUGGUGUACCAUGAUGUCCAGGAGACACACACUGAUUCCACGGAUACCAGCGAAAUGGUGGAAGUGUUCCGCGAUGACUUCAACGGCGAUAUGUUAGGCUUGGACUGGGAGGUUAUAGAUAAAUUGCUUCCUCCUCUCACGUAUCCACCGGCGGACCGGCAAAAUAUUCGUCUGCUGAACGGAGAGCUGCGAUUACGUGCAGUGGGGAAGCGGAACGACUCGAAUACCGUGUAUACUUCCCUCAUCGCGAGUACACUAUGGCAGUUUCAGUUUAAGUACGGCGAGAUGACAGUGCGGGCGAAAUUCCCCGCAUAUGGAUCUGAUGUCUUAAUCGGUCUGUACGCUUGCGAGCGUACGCUUACAUCAAAUGCAAGCUGCGCGGUACCUCCUAAGCCGUCUUUAUAUGUGGGAUAUCGCGCAUCGUCCGCCUCAAAGAAUUUGCGGGGCUCCGUAGAUUAUGUAGACAGGAACGAAGCUAGAAGGAGGUCUUAUGGUUUUUACAACGAUAAAGACCUAUCUCUCGAUUUCCACACGCAUAAGCUGGUGUGGACCAGCGAAAAAUUAGAAUGGUACGUGGAUGAACGGUGGGCCCUGAAUUUAACGGUUCCGGGACUGUCCACGUGGCCGACAAUGUACGUCCGCCUGUCAAUACACCCUCGACUUCCUGAAAACACUACAACUGCAAAUAACAACCUACCUGACGAGUUUCGCGUGGACUAUGUUAGCGAAAUCUGGGAAUUCAGGCCUCGACUUUCACGUAAAAAGUUGUUUAAUGUUUCUGCUGUGCCGCUCACUUUGGGAAUCGUACUCCCCAUUGUCGCCCUAACGGCCGCUGUUGUGCUGUGCUGGCUUGCAUUUCGACGAUACAAAGCCAAAAGCUUUGGUCACUAUGACGGGACAUUUCCUCAAAGCACUCAUUUUCUAAGCUCGACGCAACGCUUACACGAUAUAUCGCAGCUGGAUUACGGCUUGAUUGUGAGGGAUUUAACAUCGCAUCCCCGUAUUCGUCCGUUAAUCAUUCCUUCGGUCGGAUUGCAGUUGGCCGAGAAUAUCCUGGCGAGCACUGCCACAAACAUCACGCGGGACGGAUACGCUGUCGGUCUUUGUCCACCAAGUCAAGGCCCGAACGCAAGAAAGGUUAUGGUAAAGAGCGCGCUAUUGCCGAAUAACCCUUCACAUGUUCGGCCACUCGUUCGCGAACUUGAAACUUUAGCCAAUGUUGGACGCCAUUCAAACAUCAUCCAGGCACUUGGAGCUGUAUUAACAGACGAGGUUCUGAUACUGUUGGAAUAUUCUGCGUUGGGAUCCCUAACAAAUUUCCUGCGAAAACGUUGCCGGGUAGCUUUUACUAACCUGGUGGAUUCAAGUGGAAAUAUUAUUCCGCGGCAGAAUUGUCCUACAACCCAAUCGACUGAGGAAGAUGUUGUUCUGGGCUCCGUAUCUCUCGAGAAUGUCGCGCCGGAAGAUCGUGUGCCUUCGACGCAUACGCUGUUGCGCUUUGCGUAUCAAAUCAGCCGAGGCAUGGAGUACCUAAGCAACCAACGUAUCAUACACCGAGAUCUAGCGGCUCGCAAUAUCCUUCUUUUCGAAGGAGAAGUGGCCAAAGUAGCCGGGUUUGGGAUGUCCCGGCCGGGAACCGAAUACGUUUCUGAUGACAUGCAGGAGGAUCUGCCGGUGCGCUGGAUGCCGCCCGAAGCCAUGGCGGAAAGAAUAUUCUCUCUCAAAUCAGACGUUUGGUCUUUCGGGAUAAUGGUGUGGGAGAUAUUCAGUCUAGGCGUGGAACCUUAUGUUGGCACGCAGGCCAUUCGCGGACGCACUAUUGGUGACUUCCUAGCGGCAUUGAGGGGCGGAUUCCGUCUGGAUAUGCCACCAACUUGCCCAUUGGUUAUGUACAAACUCAUGACUCGGUGCUGGCAACUAUCACCCAAAGAUCGUCCGGAAUUUGUUGAGAUCAGAGAAAGUUUGCAAAACAUCGUCGGCGAAGACUCGCGAGGGAUAUACCUUGGACUUCACUUCACGUAGAAAAAAUCAAAUAAAAAACUAAAGAAAAAUUUAUUUACAAUUUAUUGCUUAAUCAGCCACUCCAUUACUGCGUUGAAUAUCUUCUACAAACCAUCAAUUCAAGGAUUUCAUUCAA